AUGGGGCCUGAGGAGGCAACUGACACCGUGGAAGAGGAUGAGGUGACAUUAGAGGAUUACGAGGAGCUUCUGUUGCAUUCCACUGCCUCAGAAUCACCUCCCAACGAGUGUCGCGGUGACGUUGUGAAGGAGUCUGAUGUACCGCACAGUCUAAACCAACCCCCUGUUGCUUCAACAAUGAAGCUUGUGAACGACAUCCUGGAACUCCUCCCUGCUGACGGCGCAGGAAUUCGACUUACCACAAUCACACCUCUUCUAGACGUGGAGGCUAUAAGUGAGCUUUAUGGAUCUGUUCUUGCUUUCGUGCAAUUGUUUCCUCAUCGCUUUCAAUCUUACCAGGCUGAGGAGGCUGACAGGAGUCUCCGCUGGUAUGUGAGUCGUGCGCAUGCUCCAAGAAGCUCGCCGCUCUCUAUGGCGGUGGAUGGGGUAACACGCGAGGGGAAAGUUAGGGGUGGAGAUGGUAACAACAUGGCCUGGCCGCCAUUGAGAGUGCGGCUUCACAGCACGGAUACAAAAGUUGCCGAUACAAAAUUGAAGUUUAUUCUUCAACAGCUGCAAGACGUGUUACCUACAGACAAACCAAUUUCGACAAAGGGGCUACUACAAACCUUUCCAGUGGAGCUGCAGGAAUCUAUUCGAGAUUUGGGAGGGGGGCUAUUGCGCCUUUUGAAGAAUGUGCUGGCAGCGGCGUACAUAGACCUUAGCGAGGAUACGUCUUUCGUGUCCGUGAAAGGAAUUCUAUCCUCCCAAGGUAUAACAACAUAUCAUGAACUCUCAAAACAAGCAGCUUGUCUGAACACCGUGCCAGUAAUGCCCCUUGCGGAUUACGCAGAUGACGCAUGGGACGUUGAACUUGACCUGGACGAAGAUAAUACUGUCACUCCUGAUGAUGACGAUGGUAUCGAUGGUCUCAAGCCAGACGAUGAGUUUCUUCGAGUUGAUGGCUCCGCCACUGCGGUUGUUCCCAGUACCACGCAGCAGCAGCAGAAGAGGUCGGUGUCUAUACCUCCUGCCCCUCCAAAGCCACCUGAACGAUUGGAAAAAAACCGAACACCUCCACCAUUGCCCUCAACACGAAAAGAAGUUUCUGCUUCAAGGCGGAUGUCAUCCGAAGAACUUCUUAAGGCUCACACAGCAAUGGCUUUGUUGCGUGGACGACGGUCGCCCAGUGAGAUGUUGGACCUAUUUGUUGAGUGCGUUCCCACCACCUACGUUCCUGUACAACAGAUAAAAGUAACAGAUGCUUUGGCGAGGGUGCUUGGACCGAUGAAUAAAAUUCACAAGGUAAUUAAAGUAUACUCUUACUACUUUGAUCGAAAUAAAGAGUCCGACACUGUGCGAUUAAAGCCAACACUUCAGCAUAAACGUCUUGGAGCAGCCAACAUUCUGUAUGAGGCCGGAUCUAAUAAGACAUCUUCUACUAGCCUUAAACACCGUAAAUUACAGGAGACCAGCGUCACUCGGGCAUUUUCUAUCCUGCAUACACCUAUUCGCACAGACAUGGUCUCUUGUUCCCCUCAAAAGAAGGGUGGAGCUUUUGUUGUUUCUGCAUCGGAUACUGCAGCUACAGUCAACAGUUCCUUUUCGGAGUGGUGUGCACUCCUUGAGGCGCUUCCACACGAACGCUACGUAGGCGUCUCGGAGUGGGCAAGUAUUGCCGGCGUUGCGACUUCAGCUGUCAAUUUAUUCACCGAAAAAAAAUAUGAUGCACACUAUUUCUUGACACGCAACACACCUGUGAAAGGAGAUGAUACACUUUUAUGGCGUCUUCGACCGUAUUGGUUGGCACCUGGAUGCACAGGAGAGCUGGGAUCUGAGGACUCUUUUGAGGCUGCUGCAAUUGAGAAACAUCUUAAACCUAUUUGGGUUCCCAUUAGUCGAGUACUUCAAAAAUUGUCUGCCUCAGAAAACCACAACGUUCUGGCGGCUUCCUCUGAAUGCGGCGGGGUUGGACAGUGGCUUCGUAAAUUUGGUCGAAUGUGCUGGGUUGAUAAGGAAGGGACUAAGGUGCGAAAAUAUUGCGCCACCGCCGACCUCGACGAUAUCCUACAUGUUGUGGUGCAGUACUUGCACAGUACUUUAUCCACCACCUUUGUCAACUUGGAGGAGAACAGUGUACGCACCAACAUCUCUGGAAAGUUAACUGAUGCACAGGACAUGCACCAGGACACUGGUAUUUGGCGACUCAUCGAUCACGGUUUGAAGGUGGCGCGGCAGCAAACACUUUCCUUGCAAUCGCAUGAAGAGGAUUGCAUUUAUGAAAAAAAAGCUACACAAGAGAAUCUUUAUCUCCUCUUGAAGCGACAUCCUCAACACGUGGAUGUCAAGUCCGAUGAGGGACAUCUAUGGGCAGCAAAACAUUCUUUUUUUGGGCGAGGCACAUGUAAAUAG